GCGGCGCUGGGGCGGCCCGGGCGGGGCCGGGGCCGGGGCCGGGGCCCGCCAUGCGCUACAACGAGCGGGAGCUGCUGUCCCUGGCCCGGCAGCCGGCCGAGAAAGCGGCCGAGAUCCGCAUGAGCGUCCCCAAGAAGGGCAGCGUGCUGAAGAAGCGCCUGGUGAAGCUCGUGGUGAACUUUCUCUUCUACUUCCGCACCGAUGAGGCUGAGCCCAUUGGAGCUCUGCUGCUGGAGCACUGCAAGAUCACCAAAGAGGAGGAGAACGUCUUCUCCAUCAGUUUCAUCGAGGAGCCAGAGAGGAAAUACUGCUUUGAGUGUGCCACGGAGGAGCAGUGCCAGGAGUGGGUUGAGGCACUCAAGAGAGCCAGCUACGAGUUCCUGAGGAGGAGCCUGAUUUUCUACAGGAACGAGAUCCAGAAGAUGACAGGGAAGGACCCCCUGGAGCAGUAUGGGAUCUCUGAGGAAGCUCGUUUCCAGCUGGGAGCACACAGGCAGUGACCUCACCUGGCUCCUGGCUCCAUCCCAGCAGGACAGCAGCUCCCCACUGUGACCACGUGACUUUUUUAUUUAUUACCCCAAUG